AGUACCAGUCGCGUUCACCACGGCUAGCUUGGCGCGCGUUGAGCGCUCGCGUUAUACCGCCGGCGGAAUACGUGCCUACCUUUGCCUUAUUUACAAAAAAAAAACGAGUUCCAGAGCUGAAAAAAAAAGUUAAAAUAAACUACAAUUACGUUCCGAAAAAGUGCAAUGAAAACGUAACAAUAAAGAAACACAACUUUUUCAUAAUAUAUUUAUAAAUAAUAAGAUUUAAAUUAAUUAACUGUAGAUAAAUAUUACUAAUCUGUGGUAAAUAAAAAACAAGUUUUUUUAAAAAUGGAACUCCACAGACUGUCAAGUGCGUGAUAAUGUUAAACGCGGUAGAAGCGUUACAAGUUUUUAAAUUCGAAUUUCAAAAAUGGACCUGACCACGAGGCGCGGCGAAGAUGGGACCGGAGAGGUUGUGAACGGAACGGAACUGUGUCGUGAACUGAAUGGUACGGGGAGUGAAGUUACAGGGGUUGUUGAGGUUUCGCGGAAAACCAGUUCGUUCAGUAUUAGGAAUCUCGUAGGCGCUGAGGACUGCGAUCGACCGGCCGACGGGAAUGGAAAUUCGAGCGAGGAUUACUACCACCAAGACACAUACCAAAAGUAUACCAGCAUGGGGCUAUCAGAACCACCGAAAGACGACUCUCCUCGAACUACUCCAGAACUCUCCCGCGCCGACCAGUCGCCUGCUUCGGAAAGACCACCUUUAGGCUCUGCUGACAGCGAUGAUGCAGAUGACUUUGCCCCCAAGAGAAAACAAAGGCGGUACAGGACGACAUUCACAAGUUUCCAGUUAGAAGAAUUAGAAAAGGCGUUUUCAAGGACACAUUACCCUGAUGUUUUCACAAGAGAGGAGCUUGCAAUGAAGAUCGGCCUAACGGAGGCAAGAAUACAGGUAUGGUUCCAGAACCGACGCGCAAAAUGGCGGAAGCAGGAGAAGGUGGGCCCGCAAGCUCACCCCUACAACCCCUACCUAGGGGGUGCGGCCCCCCCGCCCUCGGUCGCGUCCAUGCCGAACCCCUUCACACAACUCGGCUUCGGAUUCAGGAAGCCAUUCGAUACUAAUGCUCUGGCUACGUUCAGGUACGGCAAUUCUCCACUGCUGGGCACCCAAUACCUCGGAGCUCCACUCUCCCGACCACCUCUAUUUACAGCGCCAAUAUAUUCAACGACACCACCCUUUCAUUCGCUGCUAGCGGGCCUCGCAGCACCCCCCCGACAGUCUCCUGACCCCCCCUCUGUCUCCCCUCCAAUAUCCCCAGGCAGUGAGUCUCCCCCCAGUCAACCAGGGCCGGAGGUAGAACGACGGAGUUCGAGCAUCGCAGCAUUGAGACUUGCUGCAAGAGAACAUGAAAUACGAUUGGAAAUGUUGAGACAGCGACACCACACUGACCUGAUUAGUUGAGCUUAGUCUAUGGUGUUAGCUUGGUCAAUGGUUUCUGUACAAGUGAGUGAUUGUGCGACUAAGAACAGCGAUUCAGUAAGUUUUGUGUCAUGCUAAAUUCAUGGCUAGAGAAAUUGUCGAAAAUUACAAGAGAUCGCUUAGAAUGAUUUUUACUAAAGCCUCUUUUACAUGUAACACGACCGAAGUUUAUACAGAAGUGCAUUAAAAACCAGAAGUAAUAUUUUCAUCAAUUUAGAUAAUUGAAUUUAGUGUGAUUCCAAACUUGGUUUAGUGAAAUUGUUACUGGCUGUGAUGAGGAUAUCAAUUGAUUAAAAUUAACAGAGUGGGAACUGAUUAAUCAUUAAAAACACUGCAGUUUUGUAGUAAAUUGUUAUUGAAAUUAGAAUUGGUAAUAUAUUUAAAUUUACCUGCAUAGACUGCGAUGUCAAUUAUUUAAAUGUAAUCAACUAAAAAUUAUGAUCCACUAGAAAUGAAAAAAAAAAGUACUAAAGUUGAUCAAUAUAUGACCUACUUCUACGAUUCUUAGUCAGUAACAACUGUAAAAAGGUUUUCGUAUAUGAAAAUACGUUAAGUCGACUUCACAAAACAAUUGUAAAUUGUAUGUACUUACAUUGUAUUAGGUAAUGAAAUGUAAUAAAAUAUAGUUAUAACUAAUUGAUCCGUCCAGUUCUGACUUAUUGUUAUUUAUUGUAUUUAAGGUACUUAUAGAGUAUGUUUUUAUGUUUACUUUCUACUUAAAGGAUUCAUGUAUACAGAAAGCAUGUAAUUUUUAUCAUGUAAUCAAAGACAAUAAUAUGAAACGGUAAAUGUAUUUUUAAUAAUUAUGCAAUUUUUUGAUUGAGGUACACCAAAAGAGCAAUUGUGUAAGAAAAAUAUAUAAUUUCAAAGCUGAAAAUAUAUAGUAUAAUUUGUCAAUGUGUGCAUUUUUCAAAAGCUCUACUCCAAUGCAUUCAAAUUUAAAUAAUUAAAAAUUAGAGUUUAAACUUUACUUUUUAAUUUCACAGUUUCCUUAUUCAUUUUGAAUAAAAAAGUUAAAAAAAUAACGAUACGUUUGUUUACCGUUUAAGACUUCAUUAAAUAGACUGAAUAUGACAAUUCGAAUUAGAAUUUGUUGAUUAUUAUUUAUCUCUUAUAUUCCGAUCCAUAAACAACCUUACACAAUCGCACCUCUGAUUUAAAAUUAUAAUCUACAACUAAUUUAUUAUAAUUACCAGUGUACUCUCAUCGUGUAAACACUGCAUAAGAAUUGCCUCAUAAUUGAUUAUGAUUUUAUAAAAGGUUAUAAAAUCUUCGGAGUUAAAAUGUAUAAUCGAAGAAAUAAUUAUGUUACUUUUUAAUUAUGAUGGUUACUUUGAUGACAACACCAAAGAAAGACUUCGAGAUGCUUGAUACAUACCUACCAGAAACUUAUAAAUAAACCUAAAAAUAUUAUAAGGGUUCCAUAAAAUAAAAGGUUUUUUAAA